AUCGUGCAUCUGAAUAGCUACACCAAGGUGGAUGGAGUAAAUAAGUAUCCCCUCUAAAUAAUUGGAAAUAUCCUCUUUAGGAGAUCAAUAACCGAAUUAGAGUUAGGAUUGAAGCGGUUGAGUAAAAUAUCUCCCUUCUUUAAGACGCUUGUCAAAGUCGGUAGUAACCUGUAAACAAAGUGUAUUACAACAAAAACAAAAAACUCAACCCUUUGAUCUCUUAGUAUCAUAUAUAAUUAAUCCAUUUAUUUGUUAAAAGAUUCUCAAGAGUCCAAUAUUCUUUCAUUGAAUCUACCAUAAUGUUCAAAAGACGAAAGAACCCGAAAGGCUUGGUACUGAAUCCAAACGCAAAACCCAAAGACGAGCUGGAAGACAAUCAAAAAACAUUUGAGCACAAUAUGGAGACAUUUAUGGAGCAGUGCGCCAAUGUGAAUCAGCGGCCUGCAUGGAUUUCCGAUUUAAGUAACGAGAACCUAACGGUAGUGCGUCGUCUAGGAGAAGGAAACGGAGGCGCUGUUGCUCUUGUCAAGUACAAGAAUUUGUACAUGGCUCGAAAAACCGUAUACGUUGGUGCGAAUACCAAAUUACAAAAACAAAUUUUGCGCGAAUUAGGGAUUCUGCAUCAUUGCCGAUCCCCAUUCAUCAUUGGCUUCUAUGGUGCCUUUUUAAAGGAAAACAGUAUUUGUUUGUGUGUAGAGUACAUGGACUGUGGCUCAUUGGAUGCCAUUCUUCGAGAAGGAGGCCCUAUCCCAUUGGACAUACUCGGAUGCAUAAUUAACUCCAUGGUGAAAGGGCUUAUUUAUUUAUACAAUGUGUUGCAUAUCAUCCACAGAGACUUAAAACCUAGCAAUGUCAUUAUUAACUCGUUAGGUUAUAUUAAGCUAUGUGAUUUCGGUGUCUCAGGCGAACUGGUAAAUUCCAUCGCUCAUACUUUUGUUGGAACAUCCACUUAUAUGUCUCCCGAGAGAAUUUGUGGUGGUGAUUAUUCAGUGAAAAGUGAUAUUUGGUCACUUGGAAUCACAAUUAUUGAGUUGGCUACGCAAGAACUUCCUUGGUGUUUUUCCGGUGUAAAUGAACCAAUGGGUAUUUUGGAUAUCAUGCAUUGUAUCGUUCAAGAAGACCCUCCUAGACUACCAGAUUCUUUUCCUGAAGACCUCCGGCUGUUUGUUGAUGCCUGUUUACAUAAGGACCCCAAUCUUCGAGCUUCUCCUCAGCAGUUAUGUGCCAUGCCUUAUUUCCAGUAUACAUUGAUGAAGCAUGUUGACGUUGCUUCGUGGGCGUCUCAAUUCCGUUCACUUUAGCUGUAACCUGUUCAACUACAGAAGCAGCCUAUCAAAAAUAUUCAGGGUUUUCAUUUUUGCUGUUAGAAUUAUCGUUUUCUUCUUUUACGUUUUGAGUAUUGGAUAAUCCCUAGAAGGUUUUGAAAUUAUCCAUCAUUAUUAGUUUGGAUGUUUCUUUUCAACCUCGAAAUCAUCAAAUUAGAGGCAUAACCUAUUAUAUUAAUUCAUUAAACGUUCGUUUUAAAACUAUAAUAAUAAAAUAAUAAUAAUUUUUAUUCAUAUGUGUACUAAGG